AUUUAGAGUGAUUAAAAUAACAAACAAAAUUAUAGCAAUAAUUUGUCCAGAUUGCAUUGUAUACUUAAAAAUAUGGUACAUAAACUUUUUAUUAAUUCUUACAAACAAUUUUUAUAUCGUAAAACAGUAAUAGGUUACUGCGUUUCAUACGAUUUUUGGAUGAAUAAAAUUUUGUUGAAUAUAAUUUUUUAGUAAUUACUAAUAACAUAUUCAUCAUUUUUGCACAAAUAAUUAUUGAAUAGAUUAGUUUUCUAAACUUUUUGUAAUAAUAUAUUUGAAUAAUUAAAUUGAUCUUGUAUUUAAUUUAAACAAUUAAUUUUUAAUUAAAUAAUUAAGUUUUUCUUUUAUAUUUCUAUUGUAUGUGCAUUUAUAAAAAUAUAAUAUCGGGCAGUAUUAUGUUGGUCAGUAAUCACUACUUAUUUUGAGUAUUAAAAGUACUAACAUUAACGCUUUUAAUACUUAAAAUAAGUAUUAAUUACUGAUUGAUGUAAUACAAUCCAGUAUUAUAUAUGUACAAGGCCUUUUAGAUGGUUUAAAAUAAUAUUAUUUAAAAUUAUUAUUAUUAUACUUCCUAAUUAUAUAAUUGACAUUAUUUUUUGAUAUUUUAUCAACUCCCUAAAUCACAAUCAGUGAAAACUCGACAAAAUCAGAAGUGAUUUUUAGUGAUAUACUUAUAAUCAUUUACUAAUUAUCAAUCAGUAAAAUAAAUACACUGAUCUUUCAGUGACUAUAUACUAAUUCUGAAAUAAAAAUUACUGAAAGACAGUGAAUAUUCACUGAUUAUCACAAUUAUAAGUAUGCCACUGCGAAUCAGUGAAUAUCCACUGAUUAUGAUUUAGAAAGAAAAUUAAUAAAAUAAUUAAUAAACUAAUACUCAAUUAUUAAUGUUUUUAAUUCAAAAAUAUACUACUUUUCAACAAUACACUAGCUAAACUUGUAAGUUUAAAAUUCGUGUUGUAUAUUUAUGUUCCAGUUGCAGUUAAUUUUCUUUUAUAAAACAUGACGCAGGUUAAUAAUAUUCAGUAUGAUACACUCGAGGACAUUUUUUUAAGAUCUAGUUCAAAAAACUUAGACAAAACUGGAUUUGUAACAUUUUUCAAAGACGUAUUUGGAGUGGAUUCUCGACAUAAAUUUCCAAACAAAUUUGAUGUCUGGCCCGUGAAGGAGCAGUGUGAUUGGAUAUAUCAAAACAUUACGAAUUUUUUUCCAAACGUACCACAGUCGUUGCUAAAUUUGAUUCCUGCGACUUUUUGCGAGAUAGAUUUUUACGAUCGAUCACCACAAGAAAUACCUAAGUGGAUGGACCUGCAUAAAUAUCGUAGAGGACAAAAGUUUGUCGAGAAAAAUUAUAUGGCCAUUAUUAUGUCCACAAUAAUGGGUCUCAUUUACGUUUAUGCAUUCGGCGAAGAACUGAGACCACUUGUUCUAGGGGAACACAGUCAUACCCCGUAUUUAGCAUUUCGAAAGUAUUCAUCGACAAUAAAACGGAUGAUAAGCUGGUAUAAGGGAGAUCCUUGGAUUAAAGGAACCGAAGCUUACAAGGAUAUGCAAGUAACACGCAGAAUGCACUUGGCGGUAAAGAAGAAGGUGCGUCAAAUGGAUCAUAAGCAAAUGGCCUCUGCGUGUAUAUUUGCAAAUCCAUGGAGUUUAGAUCGUGAAUUGCUUCUGAAGGACUUUGUCUCGGCUUGUCCGCCUGAAAAAUUCGGACAGCGUUAUUAUACAAUUACCCGCAAAUCACAAAAAAAAUCAAAAGGUAUGAAUAACAUGGAUUUUGCAAUUGCCCAGAGCGCUUUUGUGGUUCUACCCUUGCUCUAUCCUCAAAAUAUCGGAAUAUACAACGCGACCGACGAAGAUUUGGAGGCCUUCUCUCAUAUGUGGCAAUGUUACGGAUAUUUUCUUGGACAAGAUGAUGAGCACAACAUUUGCCGGGGCAAUUUUGAGGAGGUAAAACAACGUCUACGUGAUCUUUAUCAAUAUUGGAUAAAAGAAAAUUUCAAGGAAUUGACACCAGAAUUUGAACACAUAACGAGGUGUCUUAUCGAACAUGUAAAUUAUUAUCCUAUACUAUACCUACCUUAUAAGACCGGAAUGUUACUGACUGCAGAGGCAUUAAAUCUAAAUAUGCCUUAUUUACAUGCAUCACUUAGUUACGGAGAAUGGAUAGCCUAUAAAAUCUACAAGUUUUUAAUCUACGCAUUGAGAUUUUCAAGUGUAAGAUCUGUUAUUAAUAAAAUAAUACUGAAAAUACUUGAUAAAGCAGUAAAUUUUAAUAUAGAAAAAUUGGCAGAAAUUCACGAGAAGUCGAAGAAAUUGGUACCAGAUUUUUCUCUUACGUGAUACUAGUUGAUGAAAAGUGUUCUGAAAAAUAUUAUAGUAAAAUUUAAAAAAAAAAAA